UCCAGCUCACGAAGAAGCCGACACAAAAAUAAUUUUCCACGUUUGCCAGUUAGAUUUUAAUGCAAAUGUAACGAUUCGUUGCUCGGAUACUGACGUAUUAAUAAUUAUGUUAGCCAAUAUGGGUAAUAUUGCAGAAGAUAUCCAAAUUUGUAUGGAAGUCGGCGUCGGAAAAAAUCGAAGAUUUAUCAACAUAACAGAAUUACAUAAAGCAUUAGGAGUAAAUUUAAGUGCAGCGCUUCCUGCAUUUUCAAUAAUGUCAAAAUCUGAAGAAUUCACUGAAUGUUUCAUUCAAUUGUCACAACCAUCUGAGAAGAGACUUGACUUUUUUGACAAAAUACAAGAGUUUGUAUGUAAUGUAUAUGGUUUGAAACGAUUAAAAUUUAUAAAUGAGGCGAGAGUAGCAUUGUUUCAAAAGACAUACAAAUUUCUUGAUAAUGACAAUUCGUUUCGAUUACCUAAGAAAGGUAUUGAUGGCUCAUCUCUUCCGCCGUGCAAAACGGAAUUAUAUAAUCAUUUUCUAAGGACGUGUUAUAUUUCGGAAAUUUGGUCUCAAGCACACCUGAAAGUACCAACUGUCAAUGAGCCUUCUGACUAUGGCUGGGUAGAAAUAAAUAACAGAUAUGAAUUCAUGUGGUUUUCUGGUACUCAGUUACCAACAUCUAUUGAUCAAAUAACUCAAUCAGAAGAAGAUGACGAUAAUGAAGACAUGGUGGAAAACAGCUCUGACAGCGACUCUGACAGUGAGUCAGAAAGAGAAGAAAGUGAGAUGAGCAGAAGCGAAAAUGAAAAUGAUUAAAUUACCAA